UUCAGUCCCCCAUUGGCAUUCAAAGCUUAAGGUUUAACUUUGCAUCAAUUAAAUUCAAAAUGGCCAAGGAUAAUUUAACAGCAGUGCUACACGGUAUUGAGGAUCUGCGUUUGGAGCAACGUCCCAUACCGGAAAUUGGCGACGAUGAGGUCCUUCUUGCCAUGGAUAGUGUUGGCAUUUGCGGUUCUGAUGUUCACUAUCUGCAACACGGACGCAUUGGUCCUUUCGUUUUAACCAAACCCAUGAUCAUUGGCCACGAAGCUGCUGGCGUGGUGGCUAAAAUCGGCAAGAAGGUCACAAAUGUGAAAGUGGGCGAUCGUGUGGCCAUCGAACCCGGUGUACCCUGUCGUUAUUGUGAUCACUGCAAGCAGGGCAGAUAUCAUCUUUGCCCCGACAUCGUAUUCUGUGCCACUCCCCCCUACGAUGGCAAUCUCACGCGCUAUUACAAACAUGCUGCCGAUUUUUGCUUCAAACUGCCCGAUCAUGUUAGCAUGGAGGAGGGAGCGUUGUUGGAACCACUCUCGGUGGGUGUGCACGCCUGUCGUCGUGGCGGUGUGGGCUUGGGAUCAAAGGUUGCCAUUCUGGGAGCCGGACCUAUUGGAUUGGUGACGUUGUUGACUGCCCAAUCGAUGGGAGCUUCCGAGAUAUUGAUUACAGAUCUGGUACAAAGUCGUUUAGAUGUGGCCAAAGAGCUUGGCGCCACACAUACUUUGCUCUUGACCAAGGAACAAAGUGCCGAGGAUACGGUUAAAUUAGUGACACAAAAAAUGAGUGCUCAACCGGAUGUGACCAUCGAUUGCUGUGGAGCAGAGAGCAGUGUUCGAUUGGCCAUUUUGGCCACACGUUCGGGUGGUGUAGUUGUUGUAGUUGGAAUGGGAGCACCGGAAGUUAAGUUGCCAUUGAUCAAUGCGCUGGCCCGUGAAGUGGAUAUACGUGGCAUAUUCCGUUACUGCAAUGAUUACUCUGCUGCUUUAGCUCUGGUGUCUUCGGGCAAAGUGAAUGUCAAGCGGUUGGUCACCCAUCAUUUUGAUAUCAAAGAGACGGCCAAAGCCUUUGAAACAUCUCGACAUGGCCUUGGCGGAGCCAUAAAGGUCAUGAUCCAUGUUACACCGCGUAACACCAACAAUCCUGUCAAAUUUUAAUCGUAUUUAAUGUAGUUUCUGUAGGACUAAAACUUGUAUGUUUAUUUGUGUAGUAAUCAUUGUAGUAUCAUUCAAUCACUUAAUUCAGGUUGAGAUAAUAAAUCUUUAUUCUCGACCAUGUACAAAAAUUGAAUAAUUUUGCUCAUUGUAAAA